AUGGCUUCUACUUUGGAUAAAGCACUUGACGACGUCAUCAAGGAGAAACGAUCGAGUCGACGAUCAAACGAUUCGCGUUCUAAGCGAUCCUCGGGUCCUUCGACUUCUCGUGGAGCAGGUGGAGCAGGUGGAGCUGGUGGUAUUCGUAAACGCAACAUUGGAUCAUCCAGCCGAUUGGGAGCCACCUUUGUACGCACUGUUCAAUUGCGUGGCAAUGGACCAUCAGGUGGUGGUAGACGUAACGUAAACCAGCAGUGGACACACGACUUGUUUGACGAGGAUCGUCAUAGUGGUCGUUCAGUUGUCUCACGACUAGGUCCUCGUGGUGGUGGUAAUCGUCCAGGCCAAGGAGGUUCAGAGCUAUUGGUUGAAAACCUUCAUUACAAUGUAGUCGAAAAGGAUUUGCAGGAUUUGUUUGGUAUGGUUGGACAAGUAGAAAGAGCUCGUAUCACCUUUGAUCGCUCUGGCCGUUCUACUGGUACUGCUCAUGUAAGGUUUGCUCGCCAAUCUGAUGCUGAAAAGGCCCUUGACAAGUACAACAAUGUUGAAUUGGAUGGUCAAGUGAUGCGUAUCCAAAUGGCACCUUCUCGUCGUGGUGGUGAUCGCUCAAAUGGUGGAGGAGGAUCAACCAGAAGCAACGUUGGCCGAGGCGGUAGCGGACGACGUGGUGGCGGCGGCGGCGGCGGACGUGGUCGUCAAGGAGGUGAUGGUGGCUCACGAAAGAUUAGAAACGAAGCAGAUUUGGAUGAGGAAAUGGAGGCAUAUAUGAAAUCAAAUGAGGAUGGUGACGCGGAUAAAAUGGCUCUGGAUUGA